GCACUCUCCAGCCGGUGUCUCCGUGGCGAUGGUUGUUCUCCAUCCUGGUUCCUCUGACUCUCACCACACGGGCCCUGAAGAAGAGGAGUCUGGACCACAGCGGAGCCCUGGGAGGAAUGGAAGGUGCUCAACCAACAAGUCUGAACGGUUUACAACGGCUGCCUGGGGGGGGGAAUUACUUCCAGACUGAAGUACAGUCCUUCAGUGUAACCAGGUCUGCACACGGAAUAGGAGCUUCCCUUAAACAGACUCACUUGGCGUUGAGGACUCUGGAGGACUGCUUUUCCUCCUUAAGGAUUCGGACAGGAUCAGGCUUUGACUGUAAAAAGGGGACAGGUUUUGCCAGUUCAUAUUAUGGAAGAGGAUCUUCUGAAUGAUAACUGCACAGCAGACAAUCUGCCCUUGUAUACAUUCUACGCCUCUGUGAUGAUUGUGGAGUUCACCCUGGCUCUGCCUCUUAACCUCUCCGUGCUUUACCUCUUCAUCUUCAAGCUGGAGUUCUGGAAACUGAACUCCAACAACCUUUUCCUGUUCAAUCUCGUGUUGGCUGACCUUCUUCUGCUAGGCUGUUUGCCAGUGAACGCCUACAAUUUUCUUCGCGGAGAGCGGCAGAGUGUGGACGGAAAGAUCUGCAAAGCCAUGCUCUUCAUGCUGUUUCUGAACCGAGGCGCCAGUAUCGGCUUCCUGGCUGUGAUUUCACUCGAUCGCUACUUCAACGUGGUUCAUCCUGGGAACAAGGACUUUGUCCUCAAAAAGUCCCCUCAUAUAUCUGUCGUCAUCUGGCUAGUACUGCUCCCUUUGACUAUCCCCACCAUGCUGAAGACCGGCUGCUGUGGCAGUCAUGGGGACAUCACUGACACUCUGAGAGAGGUUGUGUUUUUCACCCAGAUUCUCAUCCCUUUCUUUGUGUUGGUGUACUGCACGGUCCGCAUUGUCAACAGACUCAACAAGAAGACAGUAGGUGACCGGACCAAGCUGCGUCGAGCAGUGUUUCUGGUCACCUCUGUCAUGCUGCUCUUUUCUUUCUGUUUCCUGCCUUGUACCAUAGCUAGAAUUGUUCUGUUGAUUGUCAGAGCCAUGGAUUUAGAGAAUGCUGAGAAUAUAGCUAUUCAGGUCUAUGAUGGUUUCAUAGUUUUUUCCCACAUGGACUGUCUAGUGGACCCAAUUGUGUACUGUUUAAGCAGCACUAAGUUCAAACACCUCUACCUGACAACGUAUUGCCCCUGUCUACUGAGAAACAACGCAGAAACGGUUGAAAGAACAAACCCGACACGAACCAACUUAAAUCUAAAACGCAACAACAACACACUGUAGCUAGUAGUCUAAAACGCAACAACAACACACUGUAGCUAGUAGUCUAAAACGCAACAACAACACACUGUAGCUAGUAGUCUAAAACGCAGCAACAACACACUGUAGCUAGUAGGUAAUGAUACUUCUGGGUGUGGGUGUGGUUGUGGUUGUGGGUGUGGUCGUGGGCGUGGCCACAGUUUUUAAAGAGUUUCUUGCAGUUAUACACUUUCAUGGGGCUGAGAAUGUUUUUUAUUUUUUAUUUUAAAGAUUAUUUCCUGCAAUUCUACACAUUUUACCAUGGCUUAUGUCGUAUAACUAAAACUUUGUUAAAACAAGUCUAUGAGGCCCCAUGCCAGGACAUUUUUUAAAAACAUUUUAGAUUCUCUCUGACUGUGUAGUUUUUUUAUUUUGGUGAUGGUUAGUUCUCAAAGAUGAUCUUAUUUAAAAAAGUUAUCGCUCCGUUUAUCUUUUCUACAUACUUUCUAUCUGGUUUUAGUCGUUUUAAGUUCACACUGAAAACGUUUUCACCAUGUUGAUCUGUUUUGAUGUGGCGGCCCGCCGCUGCUAAAUGAAUAUAGGGGAAGCACUGGCAUGUUCAGCUUUUGUUUGCCAAAUCAGACUGUGAUUCAAUACUGGUUUCUGUUCUGAUCAGUCAUCGGUUUCAUUCACCUGUGAUAUCGUCAUGUUACAUAUAUCAUCAUGAUGCUGUUACUAAUGGUCUGUGUCAAAUAAAUAUUAUCCUCAAAUGAUGCUCCCAUAAAAAUGAUUGUUACUACUACUACCACCAAGACAACAACAGCUGAUAGGGGCUACCCCCUCCUCCCUUGGUGAGGUAAGACCACAUUAUAUACUACUACUACUACUACUACUACUACCACCAAGACAACAACAGCUGAUAGGAGCUACCCCCUCCUCCCUUGGAGAGGUAAGACCACAUUAUCUACUACUACUACUACUACUACUACUACCACCAAGACAACAACAGCUGAUAGGAGCUACCCCCUCCUCCCUUGGAGAGGUAAGACCACAUUAUCUACUACUACUACUACUACUACUACUACUACUACUACUACCAAGACAACAACAGCUGAUAGGAGCUACCCCCUCCUCCCUUGGAGAGGUAAGACCACAUUAUCUACUACUACUACUACUACUACUACUACUACUACUACUACUACUACUACUACUACCACCAAGACAACAACAGCUGAUAGGAGCUACCCCCUCCUCCCUUGGAGAGGUAAGACCACAUUAUCUACUACUACUACUACUACUACUACUACUAC